GUGCAUUUGAAGGAUGCAGCCAGUCUGGGAACAUAUGCCUCACCUGCAUGUUUAUAACAUGCUGCAAGUAAAGAUCUAAUGAGCACACGAUUCCAUCAACUAAAUCAAGCCUGGAUGACUUUGCCCUUGGCUUGGGCUGCACAAUGUCAGAGGCCACGUAGCAGAACGGACCAUACCUAAAGGAAAAUUGUUAUUCUGUAAUUUCCCAGCCUGGCCUGAAAAAUACACAGGUACCAUGAAUCAACAGAUUUUCUUCAAUUUCUUCGAUAUGAUCUUGCAUAUGUCCAAUACGUUAAAAUACUGUCUUCUAGCCCUAGCAAUAGCUUUGUUCCUGAUUGCACUUUUGAUUUUAUCCUGGAAGCUGCAUCAGUAUUAUUCUUACAAAACAUCUAUUACCACAAAAGAAAAAUACUUGAAAGAGGGAUACAAUGAAACAAAAAAAAGUUCUAGUGUCUUGGUGAAAACACUUGCUCCAACUUUUAUAGAUCAAGUACGAAAAGAGCAAGAUUCGAAGAUUCAACUAAUGCAGAAAGAAAUGGAGAGACUUGAAGUGCAUCUUACUCCCACUACACCUAGCACAGAAGGUCCAGAUGAUGUGAUCAGUGAAUCUGAUUCUCUUCAAGGAUCCAGAGGGAAGCUACGGUUCUCAAUUUGUUAUGAUAAGAAGAAGACAACAUUAUUCAUCAGAGUUUUUGAAGCCAUAGAGUUGCCAGAGAAUGGCAGAGAUCCAUUUGUGAAGAUUAAGGUGUUAUGCAAAGUAGAUGAGCCAAAAUCUUUAAUGCAUUCUGUUCUUUAUGAAUUGGAAACCAGGGUGGUGAAGAGAAACCAAAAUCCUGUGUUUGAAGAAGAAUUUUUUUGUUCUUUGAAGGAAUAUCAACUGUCAAAUAUAAGUGUCAAAUUUGAGGUAAAGAAUUUUGACAAGUAUUCCAGACACACUCUUAUAGGAGAAGUAAGAAUGGCCCUCAAAGACUUGAAGCCUUUAGAAACUAUGGAAUUCUGUGAAAAACUGCAAGAAAAAACAAAGGAUGUUAUUGGAGAAGUACUCAUUUCCCUCAAAUGUCUCCCCACGUCACAGAAAAUAGAAGUUGGGAUAUUGAAGUUCAAAACUGCUUCACAAAGCACCAUCCAAGACAGAGAUGUGUAUGCCAGAAUAGAUGUCUUCAGCAACCAACAUAAGCAAAAGCACCAGAAAUCUAGUCUUCGUGCCAAAUCAAAAGUGACUGUAUUCAACGAGACUUUUCUAUUUAGUCUUCCAGAUCCAGUGAAAACGCAAUGCUUGGUUCUUAUCUCACUUUAUGAAACCUUGACCAGUGGGAGGAAGCUUAUUGGACAGACAUCUCUGGGAAACCAGAAGGCCAAAUCAGAUGAUGGUCAUUGGGACCUUAUGAUGCAAUCAUUACGGCAACCAGUAGCUUUGUGGCAUCCACUAUACAUUUAAGAAAGUAGAUCUAUAUUUAUAGAUCAAUCCCAAGGCAAUAAAAACUCUGAAACUCUAUAACUAUAGGGCUAAGUUUUUUUGUUUUUGUUUUUUAAGGGGCUAUGGAAAAACAAUGUUUAUAGUGUGAAUACAGAAUGUUCUAAUCUAUUCCUUGGUGAGGAGACUUGGAAAUAAAUGUUUAAAAUGGGAUAAGUCAGCAGGUUACAAUCACAAUAUAUUUUCUGUGUAACUAGAACUACCAUAAUGCUUUUUCAACUCUGGCUUGGAGUAAGACAAAUAAAGUUAUUAUCAGACAUCAUGGGACAUUACUGUAUGGCGUUAAGGACAAAAUAACUACUUCAAAGAAGAAACAUUCAUUUUGAAACAGUGCUCCCUGGUGGUAUCAAAGUAUAAUGACAACACUUUUUAAAACUGUUCUUCUAUUAACCAAUGUUUACUUUACAUUUUCUCAGAACAUUCACAGGCCAAUUUGCUUACAUUUACACUUGUAUUGUUGUCAGGUCUUCUUUAGUCCACUCUGUACUGUGAAGGGUCUAUCCCACUAUUGUGUGUUUUAGUAUUUACAUAAAUUUGUCAAUUUACUUUAUUUUAAAGGGCAAGCUGUUAGCAUUAAAAUAUUUAUGUCUGAAAA